AUGGCGCCUACCUGUUGUGCCACAUGUCAAGGUGGUACCAUCAGUUGCGAUCGCGUAAGACCGCAAAAAGCAUCUACAAGCUGCUCUCAAUCCCGCCGGAAAUACAAGAGGUUGGCUCCGCUGUCCCCGUCACGUCCCACCGCUGGCCAGAUCUCUGAUACACGGUUUGUCCACACGUCGAAUUGGGAUAUUGAACUGCAUCACAGCUUGACAAGCUCUGUUCCGGUGCGCAAUCUCUCUUUACUCAGUGUCCCCAUUUUCUGGAACCCAUCUAAGCUGGAGGCUCUUGACCGAGACCUGUUAGAGUACUUUUGCUGUGUAGCAUCCGCGUCCCUUGCUACCUUUGGCCACGAUGCUACCGCCCUCGGGAACAUCCUGGUUCGAAUUGCCCUGCAGGGGAAGACAGCCACGUCUGCGGCAGUGCUGCAGGCGCUGCUGGCCUUUUCUUCGCUACAUCGCUACGGCUUACAAUCCCAAGCCCUGGAGCUGAAAAUCACUGCGCUCGGAAGCCUGGCAAAAGGUUCAGCAGCGCCAAGUCUGUGUGCGCAAGCAACCAUGCAGCAUAUUGCCGCGGGGAUGCUUCUUUGUUCAUUUGAGGUCCACCAGUCGCCUUGCACUUCAGACCAAUGGACGUUUUACCUCAGCGGUGUCAAGACCAUCCUCAACGCAUCCUCUAUCAAAACACUACGUCAGCUUUGCUCCGAUGUGCCCGUCUUGCUGGACUAG